AUGGAAGGCCCCAGUCAGGUGUAUCUCUUCGGAGACCAGACUGCGGAUUUCGACUCAGGUCUUCGCCGUCUACUGCAUGCAAAGAAUGAUUCGCUUGUGGUGGCCUUCUUUGAAAAGACUUACCAUGCGUUGCGCAAGGAAAUUACUUCGCUUCCGCCAUCUGAGCGCCUGGUGUUUCCCAGAUUUACCAGUAUUGUUGACCUUCUUGCGAGGUUCAAGCAGUCAGGGCCAAACCCAGCUCUGGAGAGCGCUUUAACGGCUAUUUAUCAAUUAGGAUGUUGCAUUCACUACUACGGCGAUUUGGGCCAUGCUUAUCCCUCAGGUGAUGAUAACUGCAUCAUUGGUCUUUGCACAGGCCAGCUCGCAUCUGCGGCUGUGAGCUCUUCAAGGACUGUCGGGGAGCUCAUUCCGGCUGCCGUUGAGACUGUGGUUGUUGCCUUGAGACUGGGAAUGUGCGUUCUGAAAGUACAAGAGCUCAUAGAAUCAAGUAAAUCGGCAACUUCAAGCUGGUCUGUAUUGGUUCAUGGUAUCCGUGAGCCCGAGGCCCAGGAAUUGAUUCAGCAAUAUGCGAAAAAGAAUGCUUUGCCCCGCGUUUCCCGGCCUUAUGUCAGCGCAGUCAGCCCUAAUGGACUUACAGUCAGUGGUCCUCCGACUUUCCUCGGUCGUUUCAUUGAGGAUUAUCUCUCGAAGGAGCACAAGCCUACAAGGGUUCCAAUCCAUGGCCCUUAUCAUGCCCCGCAUCUGUAUGAUGACAGAGACAUUAAUCGAAUCAUGGAAUCUUGGCCAACCGAUCAGUUCAUGACCUACGUGCCUCAGAUCCCUGUGCUGUCAACUCAGACAGGUAAGCAAAUUCAAGCUGACGGCCUCGAAGAGCUCUUGAAAUUUUCUCUUCAGGAGAUUCUGCAAGGACAGCUCUGUUGGGACAAAGUCAUUGAAUCCUGCCAAUCAGCCUUGCAAUGCGCCACAAGAUGCACUCUUUACCCAGUUUCAAGCAAUGCAACCCAGAGCAUAUUUAACGCAUUGAAAAAAGCUGGAGUCCCCAAUCUGGAGAUUGACAGCACAAUGGGUGACGUUCAAAAGGAUUCUGAGGAGAAUAACCGCACUGGCCGCGCUGAGCAGUCUAAGAUUGCAAUCAUCGGUCUUUCCGGGAGAUUCCCAGAAGCACCGGACACCGAAGCAUUCUGGGAUCUUUUGAAAAAAGGACUCGACGUCCACCGCGAGGUCCCCCCAGAGCGAUGGGAUGUCAAGGCUCACGUCGACAGGGAAGGAAAGAUCAGAAACACCAGUCAAGUGGAAUAUGGAUGCUGGUAUAACGACGCUGGAAUGUUUGAUCCUCGGUUCUUCAAUAUGUCUCCUCGUGAAGCGCUUCAAGCAGACCCCGCUCAGCGGUUGGCACUUCUUACUGCUUAUGAGGCUUUAGAGAUGGCAGGCUUCAUACCUGAUAGCACUCCCUCUACACAGAAGAACCGUGUGGGUGUCUUCUAUGGAAUGACCAGUGAUGACUAUCGUGAGGUCAACAGCGGUCAGGAUAUUGAUACCUACUUCAUCCCUGGUGGUAACCGUGCUUUUACUCCCGGUCGCAUCAAUUACUAUUUCAAGUUUAGCGGCCCUAGUGUCAGUGUGGACACAGCUUGCUCCUCCAGUCUUGCAGCAAUUCAUGUCGCCUGUAAUUCCCUAUGGAGGAAUGAAAGUGAUUCUGCCGUGGCCGGUGGCGUCAAUAUCUUGACAAAUCCUGACAACCAUGCUGGUCUUGACCGUGGACAUUUCCUCUCAAGGACUGGAAACUGCACCACCUUCGAUGAUGGGGCUGAUGGCUACUGCAGAGCAGAUGGAAUUGGCUCCAUUGUUUUGAAGAGACUCGAGGAUGCCCAGGCGGAUAAUGAUCCGAUCUAUGGUAUUAUUGGAGGAGCUUACACCAAUCACUCCGCAGAGGCUGUGUCAAUUACUCGGCCUCAUGUAGGAGCACAAUCCUUCAUCUUUGACAAGCUUCUGAACGAGUCCAACAGCGAUCCCAAAGAGAUCAGCUAUAUUGAAAUGCACGGAACUGGCACCCAGGCAGGUGAUGCGGUGGAGAUGCAAUCGGUUCUUGAUGUCUUCGCCCCGGACUACCGUCGUGGGCCCGCUCAAUCCCUUCACCUUGGUUCAGCAAAGUCAAAUGUUGGCCAUGGAGAGUCCGCUUCUGGUGUCACAGCUCUUAUCAAGGUGUUAAUGAUGAUGCAAAAGAACAUGAUUCCCCCUCACUGCGGUAUCAAGACCAAGAUCAACCACAAUUUCCCGACAGAUUUCCCCCAGCGAAACGUGCACAUUGCACUUGAGCCUACCCCCUGGAACAGGCCGGUCGGUGGCAAGCGAAAGACUUUUGUUAACAAUUUCUCGGCCGCUGGUGGCAACACGGCUCUGAUGGUCGAGGAUGGCCCCCUCAAUGAGGUGAAUGUGGACGACACCCGGUCUGCCCAUCCUGUGGUUGUCUCAGCACGGUCUCAGUCUGCACUGAAGAAUAAUAUCUCUGCUCUCGUGCAGUAUAUUGACACAAACAAGAACUCUUUUAAUGUCAACGAGGCCAGCCUCCUUGCCAACCUGUCUUAUACAACUACGGCGAGGCGCAUUCAUCAUCCCUUCAGAGUCGCUGUUACUGGAUCGACUUUGGAUGAAGUCAGGAGUGCUUUGGCUCCUAUUGUCAACAGAGACAGCAUCAGUCCCGCGCCUGUCAAUCCACCUGGUGCCGGCUUCGUCUUUACCGGACAGGGGGCUCAAUACACAGGCAUGGGACACGAACUAUUUGAAAACUGCUCCCAGUUCCGUGCCAACAUUGAGCACUUGGAUUGUAUUGGCCAGAGCCAGGGGUUCCCAUCUAUUGUGCCCCUUAUCGACGGGAGUGUGCCAAUUGAAGAACAUAGCCCGGUUGUUACCCAACUCGGAACUACCUGUGUGCAGAUGGCACUGACCAAGUACUGGACUUCUUUGGGUGUUAUGCCUACCUUUGUCAUGGGCCACAGCCUGGGCGAGUUUGCUGCGCUAAAUGCUGCAGGUGUCUUGACAACCAGUGACACCAUCUACCUCGCUGGGCGGAGAGCCCAACUUCUCACCGAGAAGAUCAAGGUCGGAACACACGCUAUGCUUGCUGUAAAAUCUUCAGUAUCACAGAUCAAGCAGUUCCUUGAUGAGACUACCGAGGUUGCUUGUAUCAAUGCGCCUAGCGAAACUGUAAUCAGCGGUGCAAGUGAGAGAAUUGACGACCUUGCACGCCUUCUUACCAACGAAGGAUUCAAGGCAACCAAGCUGAAUGUACCUUUUGCUUUCCAUUCAGCUCAAGUUGAGCCUAUCCUUGAGAGCUUGGCCGAGAUUGGAAAGGGUGUCACUUUCAAUAAGCCCUCCAUUCCCUUCGUAUCUGCCCUUCUUGGAGACGUCAUCAAUGAGACCAACAGCGAGCUGCUUGGCCCCAGCUACCUUGCCCGCCACUGCCGGGAGACUGUCAAUUUCCUGGGUGCACUGGAAGCUACCCGGCACUCCAACUUGAUGAAUGACAAGACUCUGUGGGUUGAGAUUGGCUCUCAUCCCGUCUGCUCCGGAAUGGUCAAAGCAACCUUCGGUCCACAGGCAACUACUGUGACUUCUCUGCGCCGCCAGGAAGAUACGUGGAAGGUUUUGUCUAACAGCCUUUCAACUCUCUAUCUGGCUGGGAUUGAGCUUGGAUGGAAGGAGUAUCACCAGGACUUCACUGCUGCACACAGAGUCCUCCCACUCCCAUCCUACAAAUGGGAUCUCAAGAACUACUGGAUCCCAUACACCAAUAACUUCUGUCUUUUGAAGGGUGCACCAGCAGCACCAGUAGCUGAUGCAACGCCAGUCUCCGUGUUCUUGUCAUCAGCAGCACAAAAGGUUUUGGAGACGAGUGGUGAUAAUUCGUCGGCCUUCAUCGUCAUCGAGAACGACAUCGCUGAUCCCGAGCUCAAUCGCGUCAUUGCAGGCCACAAAGUGAACGGUGCCUGUCUUACUCCAUCGUCAUUGUACGCCGAUAUUGCACAAACACUCGGCGAAUACUUAGUUCAAAACUACAAGCCGGAGUGGAAAGAUCGCGGCUUUGAUAUCUGCAACGUGGUGGUCCCCAAGCCGCUUAUUGCAAAGGGAGGCAAGCAACUUUUCCGUGUCUCAGCCACUGCAAACUGGGCCGAGGAAAGUGCCAAGGUGCAGGUGUGGUCUGUGACCCCAGAGGGAAAGAAGAUUCUUGACCACGCCACUUGCGACAUCAAGUUCUUUGAUCCACUUCCUUACGAGCUCGAGUGGAAGCGCAGCUCUUAUCUCAUCAAGCGAAGCAUCGAACAUCUUCAAGAAAGCACGAUAUCCGGCCAGGCUCAUCGCAUGAAGCGGGGAAUGGUCUACAAGCUCUUUGCUUCUCUAGUCGAUUAUGACGAGAAUUACAAAUCCAUUCGCGAAGUCAUCCUCGAUAGUGAACAACACGAGGCUACCGCUCUUGUCAAAUUUGAAGCCCCGCCAGGCAACUUCCACCGCAAUCCAUUCUGGAUCGACAGCAUUGGCCACUUGUCGGGCUUCAUUAUGAAUGCUAGUGAUAACACCGAUUCGAAGAACCAAGUGUUCGUCAAUCAUGGAUGGGAUUCGAUGCGAUGCCUGAAGAAGUUCGAUCCUAGUGUCACUUACCGCACUUAUGUGAGGAUGCAACCCUGGAAAGACUCAAUUUGGGCAGGUGAUGUCUAUAUGUUUGAGGGAGAUGACAUCGUCGCUGUGUACGGUGGUGUUAAGUUCCAAGCUCUGGCACGGAAGAUCCUUGACAUGGCUCUUCCUCCUGGUGGAGGAGCUCCAGCGCCCAGGCCAGCCGCCAAGCGUGUUCCUGGUCCCAUCGAUGUUCAGAAGGCAAAGCCUACCGCGGCCAAAAAGGCUUCACCUUCGCCGAAAUCUACAAAGCCAAAUCUGGCUUCUCGCGCUCUUGGAAUCCUCGCCGAAGAGGUCGGACUUUCAGCUGCUGAGCUGACUGAUGAGCUCAACUUCGCUGAUUACGGAGUUGACUCUCUCCUCUCGCUGACUGUCACUGGGCGAUACCGUGAGGAGAUGGGAAUCGACCUUGACUCCUCUGUCUUCGUGGAUAAUCCAACAGUGAAAGACUUCAAACGUCUCAUUGCUCAAAUGGGCCCUGCUGAAAGCAGUGAUGGAUCAAGCAGCGAAGGCGACAUGUCCUCCGCCGCGUCGGAGAGCAGCCUCUCGUCUCCAAACACCAGUGGCCUACCCACUCCUGCAGAUGAGAAGUCGAUGGCACACGGAUUGCAGGAACAAAACGACAGUAUGAGGCAGAUCACUGCAAUUUUGGCCGAGGAGAUCGGCGUUGACCCCGGGGAGCUCAGCGGCGACGCAAACCUUGGUGAGAUGGGUCUGGACUCAUUGAUGUCACUCACAGUUCUUGGUAAGAUCCGUGAAGACCUUGAUCUUGACCUUCCCGGAGAGUUCUUUAUCGAGAACCAAACCCUCGAUGAUAUCGAGACUACCUUGGAUCUGAAGCCCAAGUCCGCCCCCGCAGAGCCAAUCAGACUUCCUAAAGAAAUCCCCGUUCCAGUGGUAGCUUCCAACACUGCCCCUAAGCACCCGCCUGCGACUUCGAUCCUCCUGCAAGGAAACCCUAAGACAGCAACCCAGAGUUUGUUUUUGUUCCCUGAUGGCUCAGGUUCUGCUACCUCAUAUGCUACCAUCCCUGGCAUUUCCCCCGAUGUGUGUGUCUAUGGACUGAACUGCCCAUAUAUGCGCACCCCGGAGAAUCUCAAGUUCAGUCUCGAUGAGCUCACAGCUCCAUAUGUUGCUGAGAUCAGACGUCGUCAGCCCACUGGCCCAUACAACUUCGGUGGCUGGUCCGCCGGUGGUAUUUGCGCCUACGAUGCGGCGCGCCAAUUGAUAUUCAAUGAAGGCGAGCGUGUCGAGCGCCUACUCCUCCUGGACUCACCCUUCCCCAUUGGAUUGGAGAAGCUACCUCCUCGUCUGUAUAGCUUCUUCGACACAAUCGGACUGUUUGGAGAGGGCAAGGCACCUCCACCUAAGUGGCUCCUUCCUCACUUCUUGGCUUUCAUCGACUCUCUAGAUGCUUACAAGGCGGUUCCAUUCCCCUAUGAAGACCCCAAGCUGGCUGAAAAGCUCCCCAAGACCUUCAUGGUCUGGGCCAAGGAUGGUGUCUGCUCCAAGCCGGGUGAUACCCGCCCUGCACCAGCUCCGGAUGGUAGUGCAGACCCUCGUGAGAUGCUCUGGUUGCUCAACAAUCGCACUGACCUCGGUCCAAAUGGUUGGGAUACUCUUGUCGGGCCCAAGCAAGUUGGCGGAAUUACCGUUAUGGAGGGUGCCAAUCAUUUCACCAUGACACGUGGCGAGAAGGCCAGUGAGUUGGCUGCAUUCAUUGCCAACUCAAUGGCUUCGGUGUAA